CACCACGUGGGCUCAUUUCCACGUGGUCAACCCGGAAGUUUGCACCGUGCGCCUCAUAUGUCAACAUCUGUCGGCUGCGCCUUCAUUUAGCAGGCUGCUCGACGCAGAUUUACAUCGUUUCUAAAUUUAAUUGCGCUGUCUUUAUACUUGUCUGAAGCGAUGGCUCAGGAGGCGGGCAGCUUAAAGGCGCAGCUUAAGGAGAAAGAAAAAGAGAUCGCUGCUCUCAAGAAUAGACUGGCGCAGCUUGAAAAGAGCCACGCCUCAGUGCCAGAGCUCCAGGACAAAGUGACACCACUCAGUCCCCUAACCACCAAACCAGCACUCAGCAACGAGGACAUCAUGCGGUACAGCAGACAGCUCCUCCUGCCCGAGCUCGGUGUAAAAGGCCAGCUGAAUUUAUCCAGGACGUCAGUGCUGAUUGUGGGCUGUGGUGGACUAGGUUGCCCACUUGCCCAGUAUCUAGCAGCAGCAGGCAUUGGGCGUCUCGGUCUGCUGGACUAUGAUGAAGUGGAGCUCAGCAACCUCCACAGGCAGGUUCUUCAUGGAGAGGAGAAUCAGGGCCAGGCUAAGGCUCUUUCUGCUGCUAGGGCAGUUAAAAGGUUGAAUUCCACAGUGGAGUGUAUUCCCUACCAUCUGCAGCUCUCCCCAGAGAAUGCCUUGCAGCUCAUUCAACAAUAUGACAUUGUGGCCGACUGUUCAGACAACGUUCCCACCCGAUAUCUGGUAAACGACGCCUGCGUGCUGAGCGGCAAACCUUUGGUGUCGGCGAGUGCUUUGCGAAUGGAGGGGCAGUUGACGGUGUAUAACUACCGCGGAAGCCCCUGCUACAGAUGCUUAUACCCAGUUCCUCCACCGCCUGAGACAGUAACCAACUGUUCUGAUGGAGGGGUUUUAGGAGUGGUUCCAGGUAUGAUGGGCUGCUUCCAAGCUUUAGAGGUCCUCAAAAUUGCUUCUGGGCAAGGCUCUUCCUGCGGUCAGCAGCUGGUGAUGUUUGACGCUCAGGGUUUCAGAUUUAGGUCCAUCAGGCUGCGGCCGAUGCAGGCUGACUGUGCCGUGUGUGGAGAAAGUCCCACGGUGACACAGCUGAUUGACUAUGAGGCCUUCUGCGGGUCUGCUGCCACAGAUAAGUGUCGUAAGCUUAACCUUCUGUCCAAAGAUCAGAGGAUCACAGUGCAGGAAUAUAAAUCAUUAGUGGAUAACUCAGGACCUCAUAUCUUGCUUGAUGUCCGCCCUAUUGUGGAAGUUGAUAUAUGCCACUUGCCGUUCUCUCUCAAUAUCCCUCUCUCCCGUUUAGAGCAGAGAAAGAGUGAAGAUAUCCGGUUGCUUCAGCAAAGAAUCAUCCAGCUGAAGCAGCAGAUGGCAGAUGACCACCAGCCGCCAGUUUAUGUCAUCUGUAAGCUGGGUAAUGACUCUCAAAAGGCAGUGCAGGUUUUGGAAAAGAUGAGCGGGUCAGAACUGGACAGUAUCACAGUGAAGGAUGUCUGUGGAGGACUCAUGGCCUGGGCAACGAAGAUCGAUCCAGCGUUUCCACAGUAUUAAUGCACUAUAAAAUUAUUUGCUUCUAAUAAACUAAUACAUUUUC